UGGUCACUGGCGUGUUGAGAAGCUCUAGUGCUGCCGGACUGUACUGAGCUGUGCUCUGGUGUGCUAUGCCAAUCUGUUUGUUACAAUGAGGAGGGGAAGUUACGAUGAUGCUGCUGCACCAAUACGACCACACCUGCGCAGUCUGGCCCAGAGGAGACGGUCAGCGCCCAACCUGAUGUUUGGAAAGGCGUUGGGAAUGUCCUGGUCCCCUAUAAGGGAGGAGGCCCCGUUCCCCAUGGCUGUGGAGCAGAGCCCAUUUGUGCUCGGUUUGGCCACUGAGGACUCUGAGCUGCUUCUGGAUGACACUGUUCAGCUGACUGAAGGACUGAAGACCAGAGAGAGACAUCUGUUUCUUCUCAGUGAUGUGCUGGUCAUCGCUAAGCUGAAGUCCUGUGCUAGUUACAGACUGAAGCAUAGAGUCAACCUGGAGGACCUCUGGGUCUUUGGAUUCAAAAGUGAGGACGAUGAAGUAGAUGAUGAAGAUGGAGAAAUUGACCUAAAGACGACCGUCCUUCUGGCCUGGUCUCUCUCUCUCUGUCUGGUGUCUUUCAGUUUGCCUGAGGUCAAAGAACGCUGGUUAGAUACUCUUCACAGGAAAGUCAGAGAAGUGAGAAAGAGGACAGGCUGCACUUCUCCACCCCCCAGUGUCCUCAUGAAGGUCCUGAGCAGCACCACCACUAAUAAAACUCUAAGUGGAGGUGGAAUGGACUCUGUCAUUGAGUUGCCGCUUCAUGGCAACAAGAUCUCCGCCCUGCCCAAGGAGCUCUGCAAGCAGGAGGCCCACACUGAGCCGAGUACGGCAGAUCAUGAACGCAGCACUGGAUCUAAGAGGAGCUUAUUCUCCUUCAAGCUGAAGCGGAGCUCCACGCACAGCGGCCUGCCCACCCGUUCAGAGAACAGGAAGAGCCUGCUGUUCGGCCAGCCACUGGCCAGACACGCCACGCCGCCCAAACCCAUCACUGAGCUCCUCGUGCUGCUGUGGAGGAAGGGUCCGGCCACUGAGGGCAUAUUCAGAAAGGCCUGUAACAGUAGGAACCUCAGCGCAGUCCGGGAACAGCUGGACUCUGGGGCUGAAGUGGACAUGGAGGCACUGCCUGUGGCUCUGCUGGUCGGGCUGUUGAAGACGUUCCUGAAAGAACUUCCAGGCAGCCUGCUGGUGGUUGAGCACUCCGAUGAGUGGGUGGAGGCUCUGGAGAAAGAGGAGCCAGAGGAGAAGCAGAAUGAGCUGAGAAGAAUGAUCGGCAAGCUCCCUGAAGCCAACAGCGUCCUGCUGCAGUAUCUGCUCUGUGUGCUCCACCACAUCGCCCAGCAUUCAGAGAGAAACAAAAUGGACAUCAGGAACCUGGCGGUGUGCAUCGCCCCGAACCUCUUGCAGGACAACAGCCAGCUUUUGGACGUCGUCAAGGUUGAAAAGGUGACCAAGUUAACCCAGUUCCUGAUUGAAAACUGUGUGGAACUCUUUGGAGAAAAGAUCCUGACUCUUCUCGGGGACCCAGAGGAAGAAGAGAUGGGAGAUAACUCAGACUCCAUGUCUUCACACCAACAUGACUCAGCUUACGACAGCACUGACCCUGAUGGGGAUGGAGAGAGCGGAGAGGCGCUGGGGCCACAGGAGGAGGAAGAGGGGGCUCUGGGUAACUGCCAGAUCAGGAUAGAGUGCACUCCGGUACCCUCCUGCUCCUCAGACACCAUAUUCCACCCCAAACCCUUCAACCGACGCAGCUCGGAGCCCACCAUCUUCCCUCCAACAUCUAUUAAGAGCCUCCGAGGCCUGGCACGUAGCCAAGACGACUGCUCCUCUGCCAGGGAGGAGUACGAGGACCAGCCGCUGAAGAAGCAAAUCUCAGACGACUCUUUCUUGCACCCACACAGCUGCCAUAGGCUACUGACAAGGAAGCUGGCCGGCAGCCUCAACAUGGAUGCCAUGAUUAAUGGCACCAGGUCGGCGCCAAUUUCCAAGGCCUGUUCUUGCUCUUCCUCUUGCUCUCUGGAAAGCGCGGCCUCGAAUGUGUCCGAAACCUCCGUGUUCAUGGUGGCUAGCUCCCCUGUGCCAUCCCCAGGCACUGCAAGAAAGAGCCAAGCCUCGUCCAAGGCCAGAGCAGACACAAAUAAAGCAGAUCUGGACUUGAGGCGCCACUCUUCUCCUUUCAAGAGAGCGAAAAGCCUGGGAAGCUUCUCCACCACUAGGGGAAGCGCUAAGAAAGCCGACUGUCAGAAAGAUGUUGGGUUUUCAUGCGAGACUCUUCAGGAAGAUUCGCAGAACGAAGCUGAGGGUCCGGAGGAGCUCGUGAGGCGCCAGCGCCCACUCUCUGCCAUCGAGGUUUUCCAGCACGUGGACAGUCGAAUUCCUAACUGCCCACCGUCCUACACGCAGGCCAUGCUUUCUGGAUCCUUGCCGGCCCCACCCCAGUACCGAAAAAUGACUGUGCAUGAAGCCAGGAAGUCUCGUCCCAUCUCCAUGAACGAUUGCAUCUUGAGCUCUUGCCCUGCUGCCCAGUUUACAGACUUGGACUCAUUUGAGCUUUCAGACAGUAAUGUGGUUCAGCAGGGGUCAUUCAGGCAGAGAGCUAUGUCUGAGUCAGUAGCCCGCUCAAGGUUCGAAAAAGUGAACCGUAGAUGCAGUCAACCCGUGUUCGAGGAGUUUUCCUAUGCAAAGGAGUCUUACGUGUAAAAACUGCGUGUUUUUCUAAAACCCUGUUGGAGUUGAAUUAGUUUCCCUGGAGGAGGUUUUGUAAUAUACUGUGGAUAUAUAACGCACAACACGUUAAUACUGGAAUUAAAAUCGCGGGUCUCGUUGUUAAUCACUAAAGCUGCAGUACCUCCCUAAUCAAACUCGUCCAGCUCCAAUAGAGCUUUACAUUGUGUGCACAUAGCGUUACAUUAUUUCUCCACAAUGCACAUCUAUCAAGUUGGCACCUUUUGAUAUAGUGCAGUGUUCUUCGAAAAAGCUAUUUAAUAUGCUAAUGUAAAAAUAAUAAUAAUUUUUUUUGAGAUGCUGCCAGUGUGAAGCUAUGUAAAUAGAUCUAAUACAAAUUAAAUUGUUUGUACUUAGUUUUUUUUUCUUUACUGGCCUUUUUGGACACUUGUAUGAUAGCACUUGUACAAUAAUUAUUAGAGUUGUCUGUGGUUUUUAUAUGUUCUCCUCCCACUUUCCUUCACUACAAUAAACAUCAUUGCCUUCA